AUGAACCGGCUGAAGGCACCAGAGCAGCAGCCCCGGGCCCUCCCGGUGAGUGCUGGCCUCUCCACCGCCGCCCUGCUCUCCUCCGCCCUGCUAGGGGCUGCCUCGCUCUCCCCCCAGCGCGAUUACAGCUUCUCCUUCUGGCAAGAGAUCCCGGAGGUGAAAAGCAGAGGGCUGCUGGAGGGCCUCCCGUCGCAGCAGCGCCACCUUCAGGAGGCUAUGUUUGAGGUGAUCACUUCCGAGGCCUCCUACCUGCGCAGCCUGCGGGUGGCCGUCUUCCACUUCCAGCUGUCUCCCGCCUUGCGUGGGGCUGUCACGGCAGCCCAAGUACAGCAGCUCUUUUCCAAUCUCUCGCAAGUCAAGGAUACCAGUGAGAGGUUUCUGCUGCAGUUGGAGGAUCAUCUGGAUCAGGACGUCUUCUUGCCGGGUCUCGGGGAAGUGGUCCUGAAAAACUGCCCUGCUUUCCACCGGGCUUACGUUCCCUACGUCACCAACCAGAUGUAUCAGGAGCAGCUCAUGCAACGGCUGAUGAAGGGGAACAGCCGCUUCCUGCAGGUCCUGCGCACGCUGGAGGAGCAGCCCGUCUGCCAGAGGCAGCCCUUGAAAGCAUUCCUGGUGUUGCCCUUCCAGAGAAUCACUCGGCUCAAAAUCCUACUACAGAACAUCCUGAAAUGGGCUGGACCCGAUUCCGAGCUGGCAAAAUCGGUGGGCUUGGCCCAUGAGGCCGUGGGGGAGAUCGUGUCCCAAUGCAACAGGAACGUCCAAGCAAUGGAACAGAAAGAGGAGCUGGUGAUGCUGGAAAAACGGAUGGACUUCUCCAAGACCAAACUUCUUAGCUCUACCUACUUUACGUGUUAUAUCAUUAUUGGCUAA